AAGUAGAAUUUUAAUUUUGAAUAUGUUGUUUUUUGGUCUUACUGACCAUUCAAUAUGUUGUUUUUCGGUCUUCAAAUACACAGUGUCAACAAUCUUCUGAAACCAUCUCACUCACGUAAUAUUCAGCUUCAUCAAUGGAAUCAAUCUGGUUGAUAAUCAUAAUCACACUCUCAUUUUGUGCAACCCUAAUAGCUCUAUUCAAUCUUCUUCAAACCCCUAAGCAAAAAUUACCACCUGGUCCUGUUUCAAUCCCAGUUAUAACAAGUUUCCAAUGGCUUAGAAAAAAAUCUUUUUCAGGUGGUUUAGAACCAACUCUCAGAAAUCUCAAAACAAAAUAUGGACCAAUCUUAACUUUAUCAAUUGGUAAUCGGAAAUCAAUCUUCAUUACAACCUCAAGUUUAGUUCAUCAAGCCAUGAUUCAAAAUGGAGCAGUUUUUGCUGAUCGUCCACCAGCAUUGGCAACAUCCAAAAUUAUUUCAAGUAAUCAACAUAAUAUUACUGGAGCUUCUUAUGGUCCUUUGUGGAGACUACUUCGGAGGAAUCUUACUCUUCAGAUUCUUCAUCCAUCAAAGAUCAAAGCAUUUUCACCAGCUCGAAAAUGGGUUUUGAAUAUAAUCAAGGAAAGCAUCAAGAAAGAAUCGAAAUCAGGGAAAAACCCUCUUCUUGUUGUUGAUCAUAUUCAGUUUGGUAUGUUUUGCUUACUUGUAUUUAUGUGUUUCGGGGAAAAACUUGAUGAGAAAAAGAUUAGAGAAGUUGAAUCUGUUCAGAGAAAUUUAUUAUUGGGGUUUGGUGGAUUUGAGAUUCUAAAUUUUUUCCCAACCUUCACUAAGAUAUUUUUCAGGAAGAAAUGGCAAGAUUUUUAUAAGUUGAGAAGUGAGCAACAAAAGGUGCUAAUUCCUUUAAUUAGAUCAAGACAACAACAGAUGAGGAAAACAAGUGAAGACGAAAAUCAUCAUGAGGAGAAAUCUUUAGGGUUAUGUUAUGUUGAUUCAUUAUUGAAUCUUGAAUUACCUGAUGAAGGUGGAAGAAAAUUAACUGAACAAGAAAUUGUUGGUCUGUGUUCAGAGUUUUUAGAUGCAGGAACUGAUACUACAUCAACAGCUUUACAAUGGGUUAUGGCUAAUUUAGUUAAACACCAAGAGAUUCAAUCCAAAUUAUUUGAUGAAAUCAGAACACUAAAUUCUGAUGAGAUACAAGAAGAAGAUUUAAAGAAACUGCCAUAUUUGAAAGCUGUAAUUCUGGAGGGACUAAGAAGACAUCCACCUGGGCAUUUUGUUCUGCCUCAUGCAGUUACCCAAGAUGUAAGGCUAGAUGGAUAUGUGGUACCAAAGGAAGCUUCAGUGAAUAUCAUGAUAGCAGAAAUCGGAUGGGAUCCAAAAAUAUGGGAAGAUCCAAUGGUGUUUAAACCUGACAGAUUUUUGAAUGAAGGUGAUGGUAGUUUGAAUGAAGAAUCAUCAGAUGUAACAGGGAACAAAGAGGUUAAGAUGAUACCAUUUGGAGCUGGUAGAAGAAUGUGUCCUGCUUCUGGUUUGGCAAUGCUUCAUCUUGAGUAUUUUGUUGCUAAUUUCAUCAAAGAGUUCAAGUGGUCGGCUAAGGUUGGAGAUGAUAUAGAUUUUUCAGAGAAACAAGAGUUUACUGUUGUCAUGAAGAAUCCAUUAUGGGCUCAUGUUUCUCCAAGGGAAAAUCAGGAUUAAUAGUGUUUUGUUUUGUCAUUGUAUUACUCAAAGAGUCUUCAGACUUCAGUUUCUUAUUGAAUAACAAU